CCCGCGUGCCCGUGAGUCGCGAUGGCCGCCCCGGACGCUGCUCUCUACCUGGGCUUUGACUUCAGCACGCAGCAGCUGAAGGUGGUGGCUAUCGAUGGAAACCUGAACGUGGUUCAUCAGAACAACGUGCAGUUUGACUCCGAGCUACCUGAGUUCAGGACUCAGGGAGGAGUUCAUAUUCACGCUGACAGACUGACGGUCACCUCACCUGUCCUGAUGUGGGUGAAGGCUCUGGACCUGCUAUUGGACAAGAUGAAGGGGGCGGGGCUUGACUUCUCCCGUGUCAGAGCGCUGUCGGGCAGCGGCCAGCAACAUGGCAGCGUGUUCUGGAGGAGAGGAGCGUCUGAGACUCUGCAGAACCUGGACCCGGACCAGAACCUGCACCAGCUGCUGCAGGACAGCUUCUCCGUGUCCCACAGUCCCACCUGGAUGGACUCCAGCAGCAGCCGGCAGUGUGACGACCUGCAUACGGCAGCAGGGGGCGCCGAGAGGCUGACGGAGAUCACCGGGUCCAGAGCUUACGAAGGUUUCACAGGAAACCAGAUCUCCAAACUGAGACAGACCCGACCGGAGGAGUUCCGGGUCACCGAGAGGAUCUCAUUGGUCAGCAGCUUCGCAGCCUCUCUCUUCCUCGGUGGUUUCGCCUCCAUCGACUACAGCGACGGUUCAGGGAUGAAUCUGUUGGACAUCAGGACCAGGACCUGGUCUGAGGUCUGCAUGGACGCCACCGCUCCUCAUCUGGACCGGCUGCUGGGAGCUCCGGUGCCCUCCACAUCUGUGCUGGGUCCCGUCUCCUCCUACUGGGUGCAGAGGUUUGGUUUCUCUGAGGACUGCAGGGUGGUGGCCUUCACCGGAGACAACCCGGCGUCUCUGGCAGGAAUGAGGCUCCAGCAGGGAGACGUCGCUGUCAGUCUGGGGACCAGUGACACGGUCUUUCUGUGGAUCCAGCAGCCUCGUCCGGCGCUGGAGGGUCACGUGUUCUGCAACCCGCUGGACUGGACAGCCUUCAUGGCUCUGCUGUGCUUUAAGAACGGGUCGCUAACAAGGGAACGAAUCAGGAACGAGAGCACUGGAGGAUCAUGGGAACUUUUUUCCGCCGCCCUGAGAGACACGCCGCUCGGGAACAACGGAAACAUCGGCUUUUAUUUUGACAGUAUGGAGAUCACUCCUCCUGCAGUCGGAGUUCAUCUCUUUGACCCUGAAGACAAAAAGGUGUCCUCCCUGAGUCCUCAGGUGGAGGUCCGGGCCCUGGUGGAGGGUCAGUUUCUGUCCAGGAGGCUCCACGCUGAGCGUCUGGGAUACGCCAUCAUUCCAGGAACCAGAGUUUUGGCAACAGGAGGAGCUUCAUCCAAUCAAGACAUUCUGCAGGUUCUGUCUGAUGUGUUUAACGCUCCGGUCUACACCAUCGACGUGUCCAACUCCGCCUGUCUGGGGUCAGCCUACAGAGCCCUGCACGGUCUGGUGUCAGAUUCUAUCUCGUCCUUCUUUGAUGUGGUGAAGAAAGCGCCGGAACCACAACUGGUCGUCACCCCACAUCCUGAAGCACAGCAGGUGUAUGGACAGAUGCUCCAGCGCUACGCCCGAUUGGAGGAGAGAGUCCUCCAGGAGUCCCGCCCCCCUGAGCCACAGGAACCAAUCAGCUCUGUCCAAGAAACACGUGACCUUUAAUGGACGUAUGAGGACAAGAACAUUUACAGAAACUAAAAUACUGAAUAUGAUUUAAAUGUGAGUUUGAUUAAGAAACUGAACAGUUUGUAAGCUUCUUAAUCUGAAUGGUUUCAGUGAUAAAGUAGAGCUGCUGGUCAUUAAAAUAGAUUGAUGGUUGUGCACAUUCAGGAAUAUUAAGAAGAUGAUUGGACGGGAAGUUUAAGGAUGUUUUAAGUCUUUCAUCCUGAAUAAAUUAAAAGACACAACUAAAGAUCCAUUUUUCAAAUUCUGAAAGAAACUAUGACCCUAAAUAUAUAAUUGUUAAUGUUUUCAUGGUUUACAUCGUAACACGCAGUUAACGUCUAAACAUAUGAAAUGACUCAUUCCACUAAUCAGUGAGGAUUAACCGCUUUAUAAAGUCUUUAUUUUAGGAAUUCAUUUGAAUAAUGUGCUUCAUUAGGGAUUAAAAACCCGUCCCUGUAAUUCAUCACCGUGUGAUAUUAAUAAAUGAUUGAAGACC